AUGCGAAAAUCUGGUCCUCCUGGAGGGGGAAAGUCGCGCAUGCGCAGAGAUCGAAGUUUCCUGGUGGCCAAUGCUCUGGGCAACUCCUGUCACAUCAUCUACUGCUCGGACGGGUUCUGUCGCCUCUCAGGGUUCUCCAGGGCUGAGGUGAUGCAGCGACCCGCCUCCUGCGACUUCCUCCAUGGCCCUCUCACCAGCCAACAUGCCGUCACCGUCGUCAAGGAGGCCCUCGCCGCCGGACAGGAGAAACACUUCGAAAUCCUUUACUACCGCAAAGAUGGUACCAAGUUCCUAUGUAGCGAGGUGAUAGCGCCUGUCAAGAGCGAAGUGGAUGAUAUUUGUCUUUACAUCAUCAACUUCGAGGACCUGACCAAUCCACAACCAUUCGUGGAGGAACCUGCUUCCAACCACCGCCUUAGUAAAUUUGACAGAGCACGUCAGUCGUUCCGGCAAUCCCUCAGGAUGCCUCGUAUCCCGGGGAGAGGUCCUAGGGGACUCAGGUUCUCCCAGUCCCACACCCUGACGUCCCCGACAGCCGAGGAAGGGGAUGAAGAGGACCCACUCAGGGUCCGCGCGUCCGAGCAACGAAGACUAAGUGCCGAACCAACCACAACCACGGUGAUAGAGAACGAGAGACUGAGAGCCACAGAAUCUGUCGGGGGCGCCACCUCGCCGCGGGGCAACCAUGUGGGGCUACCCACGGCGCCACCGCCUGCACCCAUCGCCUCCCCAGAACAGGUUUCACAAAAGAGCGGCCACCUGCCGUGGGACGAAGAUGGAGGAAAGUCGUCAGUGCCUCAUGCCAGCUCGCUGGACGCGUUAUCUCGAAAACAACGAACACCUGAGACCGCGCCUACGCCCAAGGCACCCAAUAGAAGCGCAACGUGUAGUGUUCCGACCAGAAACCACGUAGCCAAACGUUUCCCCAACACUUCGUCGGAGUCGGACCUUCAACAUUACCGGGCCUCAACAUUGUGGGACCACGCCCCUUCAUUGUCCAAUGUCGCUGCCGAGACACUUCGGCACAAGUAUUCCAUUCAAGACAACGGUUCUGCCAAAUAUUUCCAAGGAGCCAUGCACACGCCGAAUAUGGGGGAAAAAGUAGCCCAGCUAACUUGUAGAAGGACGAUUGAGGUAUUAUCGCUGGGUGCCGACGUACUGCCGGAGUACAAGCUGCAGUCCCCCAGAAUACACAAGUGGACAGUUCUUCACUACAGCCCCUUCAAGGCAGUGUGGGACUGGAUCAUCCUCUUGUUGGUCAUGUACACAGCCAUCUUCACACCUUACGUGGCCGCCUUCUUGCUCAACGAGCCUGACUUCAGCACUAGAAAGAACAAGAAAUACGGCGAUGAUCCUAUUGUCAUUAUAGACCUAAUAGUCGAUGUGACAUUCAUCGUAGACAUUCUCAUCAACUUCAGAACCACGUAUGUAAACAACAAUGACGAGGUCGUGUCACAUCCUGGGAAGAUUGCAGUCCACUACUUGAGAGGCUGGUUCCUCAUAGAUCUCGUGGCAGCCAUUCCCUUCGACCUCCUGCUCUUCGGCUCUGACACUGACGAGCAGUUGGGCUUGGAUGCAGACGAGACAACAACAUUGAUCGGUCUGCUGAAAACUGCUCGCCUGCUAAGGCUUGUGAGAGUUGCUCGCAAGAUUGAUCGCUACUCUGAGUAUGGUGCCGCAGUGCUGCUACUACUCAUGGCUACAUUUGCUCUCAUUGCUCAUUGGCUAGCUUGUAUAUGGUAUGCUAUAGGCAAUGCAGAGAGGCCUCAUCUACAGAGCAAGGUCGGCUGGCUCGACAUUCUUGCUAAUGACACUCACCAGUUCUACCUACAUAAUAACACUGGCGGACCAUCAAUAAAGUCAAGAUACAUCACAGCCCUCUACUUCACGUUCUCGUCGCUGACUUCAGUAGGUUUUGGGAAUGUUGCCCCGAACACAGAUGCAGAGAAAGUUUUUACAAUUUGCGUCAUGUUGGUAGGAUCACUGAUGUAUGCUAGCAUAUUUGGGAAUGUUUCGGCAAUCAUUCAGAGGCUAUAUUCUGGAACUGCGAGGUAUCACACUCAAAUGCUGAGAGUCAGAGAGUUCAUCAGGUUCCAUCAGAUUCCAAAUCCUCUGCGACAAAGGCUGGAAGAAUACUUUCAGCAUGCCUGGACGUACACAAAUGGAAUUGACAUGAACAGUGUACUGAAAGGAUUUCCGGAGUGCCUUCAGGCUGAUAUUUGCCUCCAUCUCAAUCGUAAUUUGCUCACCAAUUGUUCUGCUUUUGACGGUGCUUCUCCUGGGUGCCUGAGAGCGUUAUCUCUAAAGUUUAAGACAACUCACGCCCCUCCUGGCGAUACUUUGGUCCACAAAGGGGAUGUCCUUACUUGUCUCUACUUCAUCUCCAGAGGCUCCAUUGAGAUCCUUAAGGAUGACGUGGUUAUGGCAAUACUAAGUAAGGACGACAUUUUUGGUGAGAACCCUUGUGCCCACCCCACUAUAGGCAAGUCCAGCUGUAAUGUCCGAGCCCUGACCUACUGCGACCUCCACAAGAUACACAGAGAUGACCUCCUGGAUGUCCUAGAUCUCUAUCCGGAGUUCUAUCAAAGCUUCUCAAACAAUCUAGAGAUAACGUUCUACAUGAGAGAUGAGGAGCAGGCAGGUGUUGACCCGAGGGCCGGACGUAUUAGCAGACGACAUGUUCAUUCCCGCUCCAACUCGCAGGAUCCUGGGGGAGGGGGUGGAGAGACAGCAGUGUUAGGGGGACUGGAUAUAGACGUGCGAAGGUUCACAUUCCGGCCACCAGGGGCAUCCAAACUGAACCAGUCCAGCUUUGAAAGCACUCACUCAUUCCGAGCAGGUUCCAGUGAUGAGGGCUCUGAACACCAUGAAAAAUGCAGUGGUCAUGGAAUUUUGGAAUUUUCUACUGACAAAGCAGGCCAAGAUGUUACCCCCAUGAACCUCCAGUUUGGUGAAAAUAACCAAAGAUCUACGACUUUAAACUCCAUCACUGGACGGUCCGAGAGCCGGAUAAAACGGUCCUCAAGUUCCAGCAACAUGAAAACCUCUAGACUGGACUUGCGGACCAUUCCUACCCCCACCACUAGAGAAACCCAGCCCCUGUUGGAGCAUCAAGACCCAAUGUCAGAGUCUGGGCUGCCGAGUCCGUUGCAUCAGGCAAUAACGGCUCCGGACUCGUCUACUGCAGGUGAGACAAACUUUAUCCCUACCAGAGUUACUGACCACUUCACCUCUCACCGCUUCAAACACCCCCCAAAACCCCCUAGGUUCUGGCCCCUUGCCACUUCGUCUGUGGUACCGUCGUUACCCGUGGAGGAGAGAGAGGCAGGAUCCCAUUGUUGCACUAACUGUGGGAGGAGCUAUGAUAGUGAUAUCAACUCUAGGAUAGAUCGCCUUUCCAGACAUUUAACAUCAUUGGAGCAAUCGGUGGCAACAGAUGUAAGACUGAUUUUGGCGUUGUUACGGCAGCAAGGAAUGAAGACUUCUGGUUCCUUACCAGAAAACCGAGAGGCAUUGUGGUCGGAAUCAAGUUCCAGACCAAGGCCAACCACAGUCCAAAGAAGCUCAAGCGUUCCACAAAAUGGCCGUAGUAUACAUUCCUCAACCCCUCUGUGCAGGGGUUCCACUCAAGAAGAACCGCAGCCGGAGGGGGCAGUGGGGGACACAAGAUGGCCACCUUGUUCCUCCCCCCACCAACAGGCUAGUGUCAUUCCACGAAGAAGUCAGUCUCAACCUGUAGACGUCUCACAGGCAUUCCCACAACAACAGCAAGAUGAGGCUGUAUGGGCUAGUUCUCAGCUGAUUACGUCCAAUGUUCCUGAAAGAAGCUCAGAGUCAGAUCCGUGGAGGUCUGACAUCAGUAGUCGCAGACGACAGUUCCUCUCCAGCAGGAGCUCCGCCAGUGACGAGGCCGUCAUGUUAGAGUUCCCCUCGGCAGUGACGGCCCCCUUGGCGAGGCUAGACUCCCUCCAGGAGCUGGAUGGCCGUAGCACAAGAGUGAGUUCUUCAUCUUCUGGCAACCUACAGGAUUCAAAAUCAUCUCAAGUUUAGUGCGAGGAGUCCCCAGCUUGAUUAGUACAGGACAUUUUCACAUAUGCUCGGUUCAUGGGAAAUAUGAGAACCAAACAGGAAUAUGUGCUUAUUCUUGUCUCAGUUGGCUUUGUUAGUCAUUAUUUACUUCCUUUUUCUGUUCAGAUUCUUCUUUUUUACUAGUCAUGAUCCUAAUGGUUUGAAAAUAUUUUAUACCGGGUUUUUUUACUUAUGACCAACGAUUGUGCCUUCACAUGGGUUGCUACCAUGCUAAAAGUUCUAUAUUGUAUAAGCUGGCGCUAUUAUCCGUUUGGUGGCAAUUGGCAAUGUUGAACACUUAUGCUAGAGUUACACGUGAAAAUGGUGAUGUGUAAUAUUUUGCAGUUUUAGUCCAUAUGUUUACUUUUGUUACUGUAGGUACGGGAAGUUAUAGUCAAGUUGUAACGUAAAAGAUUAGAAAAGCACACUGUUUUGUGUUGUUUAGUUGGAAUACUGGAGAGUGUGACAAAAAAUUAGUGCUGCAAAAAAUUUUUUUAAUUGCCCACUAGCAAUAAUUGAUAAUUUUUUAGCUAUACAAAAGCAGAGUAUUGUUAUAAAAUUAUAAUUAUUUAGCCUAUUUGUUAAAAAAAAACUAAAUGAAAUCUUAUGCUUUUAAACUUUGUAUUAUAUCAUCCCUAAUUAUCAACUUAAUCAUACAUUGAAAUCAAAAAGAUUUAAUCAAUUUAUUUUUCCAAGUUUGUAAAACAACUACCUAUUCAAAAAAUAUAAAAUUAUAAAAAUAUUUCACAUCACUAUUUUACUUUAAAGGCAUAUAUUUCUCAUGAACAGUUGUAUAUUUUUUGUACAAUCCACAAUACCUAACGAUAAUAAAGUAUAUAAAAAUACUUUUAGACAGCUUUUCAUAAACUUGUAUAUAAGAAAAAUAUUGUGACCCUUGCUACAACGAUAUGAGAACGCUUUCAUUUUCACUAUUGCAUCAUCGUGACUGUUCUUUUGCUAUCCUAUAACUGCAUUUCCAGGAAAGGUGAGCUGACUGUAGCAGUCAGAUGUAUCUGAAAGGGUGUUUUAGCCAACCUCACUCGUUUAUAGUUUAUGAAAUUUAGUAUGGAUUUUAUCACAAACUCAUCACUUCAUGAUUGUUUGAUUCCUUUGGUCCUUUGGUGAAUGGUUUAUUUAUACCAAAGACAUAAAAGAGGAGUUUGGGCUCAUAUCUCUUGCAUUUACGCCAGCUAACCAUAUUCAAAAGAUCUAGUUUCUGCUCGUGUUUAUCUUUAAGGAGUCUACUACUGGCAAGUAAAAUCUCCAAAACAUUGAAUACUCCGGUAUUAUUCUAAAACAGUAUUUUAAUUUUAUUAUCAUAGAUCAUAUGUGUCUCACAGUCUAUUUGGAUCAGUCGCCACUGUUUGUAUUGUAAACCAAAUUAUUGAUCGCAAUUUUAAACAUUUAUUUAACUUUAAGUAACCUGUGCUAGUCAAAUCAUUUAAGAGAACACAUUCAAUUGUGUAUACUACACACCAAAUUGUUAAGCAUUGGAAGCAAUUUAUAGAUAGCUUUAAAAAAAAUAGGGGACAAGAAGUAUCUGAGUUUUUGCUCGGUUGUUUUAACUAUAUGUUCUUGUGUUCUUGGCACUAAGGUGGGCGAUUUCAAUACUUAAAAUAUUAUAUCUCCACGGUAAUAAUUUCUCUUCUACUUGAUCUGUGAAAAAUACUAUACUCACACACACACACACACACGAGUUAAUUAAUAUGAGAAGAAACUUAGCUAACCAUAUUCAAAAGAUCUACUCGUGUUUAUAUUUAAGGAGUCUACUGGCAAGUAAAAUUUCCAAAACAUUGAAUACUCCGGUAUUAUUCUAAAACAGUAUUUUAAUUUUAUUAUCAUAGAUCAUAUGAUACUUGUAGGUUUUGUGUUUGGUAUGAUAGUUUCUUACAGUCUAUUUGGAUCAGUCGCCACUGUUUGUAUUGUAAACCAAAUUAUUGAUCGCAAUUUUAAACAUUUAUUUAACUUUAAGUAACCUGUGCUAGUCAAAUCAUUUAAGAGAACACAUUCAAUUGUGUAUACUACACACCAAAUUGUUAAGCAUUGGAAGCAAUUUAUAGAUAGCUUUCAAAAAAAUAGGGGACAAGAAGUAUCUGAGUUUUUGCUCGGUUGUUUUAACUAUAUGUUCUUGUGUUCUUGGCACUAAGGUGGGCGAUUUCAAUACUUAAAAUAUUAUAUCUCCACGGUAAUAAUUUCUCUUCUACUUGAUCUGUGAAAAAUACUAUACCCACACACACACACACACACGAGUUAAUUAAUAUGAGAAGAAACUUACUGUACAGGUACCAUGAAAAAUAUUUAAUUUAGAAACAACGGGUUUCUUUUUCUUGAUAUUUUUGUUGUAACAUGAAUUGACUUUUAAAGUAAAUCUUAUUUCAAAACUUUUAAACAAGGUAUUAGACAAUCACGUUAAUAUAAAUGAAUACAUAUUAUUUUAUUUAAAGUGUUAACAACAUAUUAUUACAAUGAGGGUAAUACAGUAGUAUCAAUUAAACUGAAUUUAUAUUGGUUUAAAUUGAAGAACUCUGAAAUCUGUUUUCAAAGUUAUGAUGGUGCUAUUUAAACAGUUAUUACCGUUUUUUUGUGAUCAACUCAAGACUUAUACUAUUAUUAUAUUAUUAACUGCAUCUGACAAAAUUACAUGUUUUCUUUAAGUAACCUAAAAUUAAUAAAAUUCUCUUCCAAACCUAGGCCCAGACCUGUUCAUAAUCAUUUGUUUUUUUCUCUAUAGGUUCAACAAAAUCCUUAAUAAGUAUAAAUGGCCUUUAUUAAUUGAAUGACUAGAUUUAAUUAUAAAAUUAAUUGUAGAUAGAAAAUCAAAAAAUAUUUUUGAAAUUUAAAUUCACUUAGUGUUUGGUGGCAAGAACAUUGAUGAAUCAAUAAGAGUGUUUUGGUUGAAAAGUGUAUAAUGGAAGUUUUGUAAAACAAUGCACUUCAUUUUAGAUGAGCCCUCUUCUUCCUUACAUAUUGAAACAACUUCAUAACUCUAGAACUGUAUAAACAAAUUUGGCAUAGUAUGUUGAUCUGGGCCUGUGAUAAUAGUUUCUGAAUUUAAAUGUAUUGAAGGAACGUUAACUAUUAUUAUGGACAAGGAUUUAGAAACAAAAGCUUAACAAUCUGUUAGAGAAAAUAUAUUACCGUAUGCAAAUAGGAGGAAAAUAGUGAUUUUACAAUAACUAUAAAAGUGUAUGUUAUAAUUUGUGUUAUAUAACAUGUUAUGUUACAUCUAGUUUAGCUUAGUAAUUCAUUAAUUCAUUGUUUAAGACAAUGUAGACAAAUACCAUUACAUCUUGUGUUUAAAUGUGGCAAAUAAUAUUUUAUAAUUCUACUAAAUAUAAGAGCUGAGGUUGUGUUUGGUAUGAUAGUUUCAAAGACUAGACAAGGCCAUGUUUUAGAUAGGGUGCACUUCUUUGCACAAAAUAUUUACAUAUCAUUUUCAUUUUGAUGGUCCCAUAGUUGUAAUUGGUUGUUAUUUUGAUUGUUAGUUUGGUUCUUUAUAAUUCCAUGUAAUAUAUAACUUUACUUCUUAGGUAUUAAAUACUGUCCAAAUGCUUUUGUUUAGUGUUAGAGAAUUAUGGGUGAGGAUCUACUAGUCUACGAGGACGUUAAAACGUUUUUACCGAUUUUUAUUGUAAUUAAAAGUUAUUUUAUGUAAAUAAAUGUAACAACCACCUUUUAACAUUUAAAAGUGGUUUAAAGAUGUGAUAUUAAGUAUAUCUCGAGUUAUUGAUUAUGUUACUCUUUACUUUACAAUGAUUUCACAAGUUGUAACACUCACAGGAUACAAUGUUAUAGUCACAUGUCAUGUUUAAAAAAUUUUUUAUCAAUCAUUUUCAGGUAAACACAAAUUUCUUCAUCUAUUCUUAUGUAAGGACGAGUGCGAUAUUUUUCAGCAAUUCCACGCUAGAGGCAAAUACAGCUACAACAAAAAUUGCUUCAUAGAUUUAGACACUAGCAUAGGUUUUAUAAAGUUACAAUUAGGAUGUAAAGUAAUAAUCGCAACAUCAUGAGUUUAGCAUUCGUUCGUCAAGCCUUAUUUUAAUUUUUAUACAGAGUUUGCAGAUGUAAAGCGUUUUUUAUGGAAUGUAUAGUGUCUGAAUUUUCCACACACUGACAAAGUAACUGACUUUUAAAUCCGUGCAGAACAAUUCGCUAACAUUUCUGUCACAUUACAGUGUUGGUGCUUUACCUUUUUAUAAAAUAUGGUGUCUUAUCAAGUAAAAAGACUUAGAGUAAUCAAUUGUUUCAUGUAGUUUGUAUUUAUCUUGUUUUACUUCUUCACAUACACCUUUAUCCUCUCACUCAAAGUUUGAUCCCAAAUCGGGGUUUUCCAAUUUAUUGCUGUCAGAUGAGUAGCAAAAGUUUUUUUUUACACUGUUAAUAUCGACUGCCUCUUGCCAAAAGUAUUUUAUUUUCAAUUUACAUAGUAAGUUAUUGCUUGCAAACAUUUGUCUGGACCAUUUAAGCGGUUGGUAAUUAUGUUAUUGUGUACAAUAUACAGCUGUUAUUAUAAUCUCCGUAAAACUUAACCAACAAAACGUGUAUUCAAGAAUGGACCUAAAACUUAAAUUAUUAUUUGAAUUUAGGCCUAAUAUUUUUAUCAGACAUGAGAUUUAUGAAUUGUUGUAGUUCCAUUUUUUCUUUCUGUUAAAUUUAUUGACACUAAAAAUAGCAAAGUUAUUCACUACCUAGGUUUUUAACAAUUACCUAGAUCAUCCCAAGCUUGAGGCAUGUCUUUGUAAUGUGCCUUCAGUGUAAAAACAUUUUCUGAAAUAUGUAUAAAUAAUCCAGAUGUAACUUUUUGUUGCUAGAAGUUAUAUCAAGUUUUGAUAUAUAUUUCUGCAUUUGGCUGGCUAAUUUGACAGUAAUAACAUGGAUGAUUUGUAAGUUUUACAUAUUUAAUAUUUGUAAGGAUUUAUCUCACAUUCUAAUGUUGUGUUACAGAAUACUCUCAGCUUGUUGAAAGUGCUUACCAAUUUUUUUUUACGUCAGGUUGAAAAGACACUUUUUGCCCGUGUGAUGAACUAUUUUUUAAGUCAUAUUACAUCAUUAAUUAACAAACUAAGCUAGGAAACAAUAGUAUAUUUCAUAACAAGAGUAGAAAGUGAGUCAUUAUUUGAGACCAUGUUUGAUGUUCCAGGAGCAUUGGGAAUAUUGGGAAAACCACCAAAUUGUCAUAUAAUUCAUCAACUUUCAUCAGAGAGUUGAUAAAAAACAUUUAAUGAAAUUAGUUGUGUUGAAAUACCCACCACAGUGGGCUUGUGCUUGACUCAGCGUAACAAUAAUGUACAUUUCUUGAUAUGGCACCAUUAAGUUUGAGGUACCUAGCCUAGUAACAUAUUUCUCUGAAAUUCUGAAGUGUCUUUUAAUCUAUAAAAUUAGAUGCUCUUCUUUUAAAAAUUAGAAUGUGAAAUAAAUUCUCAUUAUAAUAAUUGUUAUUGUUUUGCUAUCAACCUGUAUGUUAAUUUGUUUAGACUUACUGUAGACUACUAUAAUGAACCAGUUUUAUAUACAUACUAUGUAAUUACAGGUUUUACAAAGCCUUGUACAUAUUAUGUUUGUAUAAAGAUUUAGUUACAGUUUAUUUUAAUGAGAAACAAAAUCUUAUGUAAAUUUGAACAAUUUGCUAUUGUAUUGAUAAACAUUGUUACCGCUUGUAUAU